ACUUCCAUCUACCGUUUAGAGCCUGCAUAACCAAACAGUCAAAACUUCAUCAACCAUGUCUCCAAAGGAAACACUGCUCUGCCUAUCUCUCUUCCUUCUGGUCUCCUUCUCAACCCCAUCUGCAUCUGUCAACGACGAGCUGACAGUUUACCAAGUCCUGGAAGAGUAUGACUUCCCAGUUGGCAUUCUUCCCAAAGGCGUAUUGGGCUAUGAACUAAACAAUUCCACAGGUAAGUUCUCAGUCUACUUGAAUGGCACUUGUACCUUUUCCAUUGACUCCUAUAAGUUGAAGUACAAGUCCACCAUAACCGGUGUGAUAACGGAUGACAAGAUCUCGAGCUUGAGUGGCAUCAAAGUGAAGGUGCUCUUUCUGUGGCUGAGCAUCGUCAAGGUGAUUCGUGACGACGAUGAGCUCGAGUUCUCUGUGGGCAUCGGCUCCGCGGACUUUCCGGUCAGUAAUUUCGUUGAGAGCCCAACCUGUGGUUGCGGUUUUGAUUGUGUCAAUGGGAAGGGAAGCAAGAUUAAGAUCAAUAAUUUAGUGUCCUCGGCUUAAUUAAGUUUGUUUUCAAUUUUUCAUUGCCUGAAUGCAGUUUAGAUAUGACAUUAUAUUAGUAUCCAACUUUCAUGACUCUAUGAUAGGAGAAUAAAUGUACAAUACCAUUAUAAUAUAUGACGGAGUUUUCCAUAA